AUGCCGAAAGUUUUCCCAAAAAAACGGUCAAAAUCGAAAAGAGGCCUCGCAGGCCAAUUAAAAGUGAUUAAAAAUAUGCUAUCACGCUUAGAGAGGAAAAUAAAUUCGGAAGAAGAAUCUGAUUCAUCAUUAUCGGAUGUAUCAUCUAUACAAUCAGAAAAACCUUCUUCAUAUUCCAGUCAAUCUGAAGAAAUGGAGGAAGGGGAAAACAGUCCAUCAGCACCUAAUGAGAUAGGUGCUAAUAAUAUUCAGGUGCCUGCUGUGCCGAUAGCAGCAGAAGAUUCCCUAUCUGUUAUUCAUUUAUUAAAAGAACAUCCUAAUACUGAAAGUAUCUUAGGCCCUGAUGUACAUGAGGAAAUUGCUGUUAGGUGGCUAGCUUACUUAAAGGAUGGUUUACCCACUGAAACAAGAAAAGAAUUAUUACAAAAGUAUAAAUUACCGAAUAAUUGUAAAACAUUGACUCCUCCCCUUAUUAAUGACGAAAUUAAGAGUUUACUUCCUACAAAAAAUAUUAAAAACGACCAAUUUUUAGUAAAUAUUCAGGGACAGAUCGGUGCCAGCUUGGCAGCCUUAGGAUCAAUCCUAAGUGAAAAACUGAAGGAUCCCAAUAAGGAAUUAAUAAUCUCAAAUGAAAAUUUGGAAAAAAUUGUAGACGCUUGUCAGUUAAUGGCUAAUACACAUUAUACACUUACACUAAAAAGAAAAUUUGAAAUAUCACCUCAUUUAAAUGAAGAAGGACGGCGAGCAGCAAGUGAAAACAAAAGUGAUGAAUUUUUAUUUGGAAAAGACUUUUUAAUAAAAGUCAGAUCAUCCAAAGAAGUGAAAAAAGCAGCUGAAGAGCUUUUUAAUCAGAAAAAAGUAAACCCGGUUGUAGCAGGACCAUCUGGCAUAAAUAAUAAUCGUUUAAACUACCAGCGCCAAUACUCGAGGGGAAAAACCAAAGAGGACAGAAAGACACCCUACACACGAAGCGGGAAGACACAAGCGACCAGGCGUUAUCAGAACGAGAAGCAGACGAGGAGCCAGGACAGACAUCAGUUUUACAAGAAAGACCAGAGGAAAACCAGCUCUCGCUACCAAAAAUAGUGAAGGUAAAAGGCCUUAAUAAUCUGGCAGGUAGAAUUAAAUAUUUUAAACCCAAGUGGCAAAAAAUAACAACAUAUUUAAGGGUUUUGAAGUGGAUAAGCGGAAUAAAGUUACCUUUUAGUCGAACUCCACAACAAUAUAAUUUUCCAAAAGAACACCUUUCUAGUGAGCAACAACAGUUAUACUUAACAGAAAUUAAUAAUUUACUUGAAAAGGGAGUUAUAUCAAAAUGUAAAUACACAAAAGGACAAUUUUUAUCCCCACAUUUUUUAAUUAAAAAACCAGGUGGAAAACAUAGAUUUAUCUUAAAUCUUAAGAAACUUAAUAGCUUUAUUAAUAUCAAUCAUUUUAAAAUGGAAGAUUAUCGUAGUGCGCUAAAUCUAAUAACACCUAAUUGUUUUAUGGCCAAAUUAGAUUUAAAAGACGCAUACUAUCUUUUGCCCAUUCACUCGCAGUAUAAAAAAUAUUUAAGGUUUUCAUUUAGUAAUCAGUUAUUUGAAUUUAAUUGCCUUCCUUUUGGUUUGAACAUAGCCCCUCUAACCUUCACAAAACUUUUAAAACCAGUUGUAAAGUAUUUACGACAAAAAGAUGUAAUAAUGGUAAUUUUUCUUGAUGAUAUUUUAUUUUUUGGUAAAACUUUAAAUGAAUGUACCCAUUCUGUAGCUAUGGCAAUAGACCUACUAGUCUCUCUAGGAUUUAUAAUUAAUGAAGAAAAAAGUAUACUAAAUCCGAUUCAAAAAAUUGAAUUUUUAGGAUUUGUGUUUAAUUCAAAAAAUAUGUCAUUAGGUCUACCUAUAGAAAAAAAAUAAUAACACUUAUAAAAUUACUCAAAAAAUUUAAACAAAUUAAAACCUGUAAAAUAAGAAAUUUUGCUCGUCUUGUGGGAAAAUUAGUUUCAAUAGCACCUACACAGACCUAUGGCUGGUUACAUAUAACACCGUUUGAAAUAGUAAAACAGAAAGCUCUAAAAUUAAAUAAUAAUAAUUUUAACAAGAAAAUGAUAAUUCCGUCUAAAUUACAACAAGAAUUAAAUUGGUGGUUAAUUCAUAUUAAUACAUCUGAAAAAGAAUUAACACAACAAUCGUUUUCCUUAGAAAUUUUUUCAGAUGCCUCCAAUACUGGUUGGGGCGCUUGUUGCAAAUUUUCACAAGCAAAUGGGUUCUGGAACCACAAGGAAAAGCUUCGCCAUAUAAAUUGGCUAGAAUUAUGUGCAGCAUACUAUGGUUUAAAAUGUUUGGCAAAAGACAAAUCUGACUGUAAAAUUUUAUUACGCAUUGACAACGUUACGGCCGUGGCAUGUAUUAAUCGAAUGGGUAGCACGAAAUAUUCGCAUUUAAAUAAUAUUACCAGAAAAAUUUGGGAUUGGUGUGAAUCAAGAAAUAUAUUUAUUUUUGCGUCUUAUGUUAGUACAAAAGACAAUUUUGAGGCAGAUUUUUUGUCUAGAAUUAAAUCAGUAAACAGUGAGUUUAAAUUAAACAAUAAAAUAUAUUACAAAAUAACAAAACAAUUCGGUGUUCCUCAAAUAGAUCUGUUUGCUUCCGAAAUAAAUACAAAGUGUGCAAAGUACAUUUCUUGGGGCCCUGAUCCCGAUUGUUUUUGUGUAGAUGCCUUAACAAUAAGCUGGCAAGGCAUUUUCUUUUAUGCUUUUCCACCAUUCUUAUUAAUUGGAAAAAUUCUUCAAAAAAUAGUUAAUGAUAAGGCGACUGGUAUCUUAAUAGUUCCUAACUGGCCCACUCAACCGUGGUACCCAUUGUUCUUUAAACUAUUAAUAGACAAACCGAUGGUAUUUCCACCUGAUUAUAACCUUAUUUCUUUUCCCUUUAGGGACAAUCAUCCCCUUCACCAAUAUCUUUCCCUGGUGGCCGGGAAAUUAUCUGGGAAUCGCUAAGGCUUAAGGGUAUACCAGAAUCGACAAUCCCAAUUAUGCUUUCCUCCAUACAAAAAAACACAUUAAAACAAUAUAGUACUUGUUACAAAAAAUGGUGGCAGCACUGUACAAUAAAAAAUAAAAAUCCUCAUUCUAUGAACUUUAAUUCAAUAUUAGACUUUAUAGUCGAACAAUUCAAUCUGGGCCUUUCUUAUUCAUCCCUAAACUCAUACAGAUCAGCUUUCUCACUAAUUUUUACAUUUAAUGAAUCAGAAGAAAAAAAUUUAAAAAGAUUCUUUAAAGGACUAUACAAUAGAAAUCCGGUAAGGCCUAGAUAUUCAGCAACCUGGGACCCACACCCAGUACUGGAAUAUUUGUCAACGCUUUUUCCCUUAGAAUCCUUAUCGUUUAAAGAUCUAUCUCUUAAAUUAACAACUUUGUUGCUUUUAACUUCAGGUCAAAGAAUUCAAACUCUCUCUAAAAUAACUCUAAAGAAUAUUAAACAAAAAUCUGACGCUAUUGAAAUUCGCAUUUCAGAUAGAGUCAAAACAUCUGGCCUAGGUAAAAAAUAACCGUUUUUAGUUUUCCCAUAUUUUAAAAAUAAACCUGAGUUAUGUAUAGCUUCAACAAUAAAACAUUAUAUUAAAGUUACAGAAACACGCCGUCGUUUUAUUAACACACUUAUAUUAACUCAUAUGAAACCAUACCGCCCUGCAUCAACGCAGACAAUAAGUCGAUGGGUAAAGGAUGUCUUGGGAAAAAGCGGGAUAGAUACAGAUAUUUUUAAGUCCCAUAGUGUACGUCAUGCAACCACAUCAGCCGCGUUUAGGUGUGGUUUAGAUAUAGAUCUUAUUAGAAUUACAGCCGGAUGGACUGAAAAAUCUACUGUUUUUAAUACAUUUCAUAACUUGCCUUUAUCUAAAAACUCAGCAGAUUUUUCAAAAUGUAUAAUAAACAACUGUACAUAAAGCUUGUUUAUUUAAUGUUGUUAAUGUAAUGUGUGCUUGUUUAUGUAAUGUUGUUUAACUUAUGUAAAAUAUAUUAUUAUAUAAGUAUGAGUAUUAUAUCAAACUCAUAUUCAUAUUAUGUCAAAUAUUGGUACCAAAAAAGAUAUUUAUCCAAAAACCCUCUAGUAGUAAGUUAGGAUUAUUAGUUUUUUUUUUCUUGUUAAAAUUUACA